UCGGACCAAGUGCCAUCAUUUGAUUGUCGUCUGCUGAGAGUGUCGUCUGUUGCAGUUGAGGGACGCUGGUCUCAGGGAUAUGUUACAUUAGAAAGUUACCUGGAUUUAAAAUCACGAAAUCUAAGACAAUAUUCUUGGACAAAAAAGUGAAGAAGGGACAGUUGCGGUCCGGGACAGGUCAACACGUGGACUAAGACGCUGUCCAAUGAUAGGCGAAACUUAUCAGCAACAACUAUCAGAUCUAGUCAACAUUUAUCAGUGGGAUUUUAUAAAUUUUCUUCAGGAGUUGAGGAAUGUUUAAAUCGUCGACAGAAAGAGAGAUUUCUGCAAAGUGAAUACGGAGGACAGUCGCCAUCAGGAAUGAUACGAUAAGCAACUUCUAAAAAGUCUGUUGCAACUUGUCUUAACGUAUUCCUGUCGGAUUUAAACUUUGUUGACAAGCAGUCACUCGAGAAAACCAUUAAGUCAAAGAGAGUCGAGGGCUUUGUCAAAACUUUGCAGACCAGAAGAGAGAUUCUAAAUAGAGAAUAUCAACCAUGGAUGACGUAUCUUCUGAGUUAAGUUUCGAAAAUUUGAGAUAGUAUUUUGAACAGGUCGAUAAACACGAUUUAAAGCCGUUUCAGUUGAUAACUCUUAGAAGCAAGUCGUGGCAAGAGAAUUUGUUCUGAAUUUUGUAUUUUCAAAAAGCCGAGAGAUUUUGGAAAUUACGCCAAAGAAAGCAAUACCUGUCAGCCUGUACGCUUCGCAAUGGAAAAACAAGACGAGAAACCAACUGAGGUCGACAUCAUAGAGAAAGAGGAAUCUAAAGCUUGUUUAAGUGACACAGAGAUCACAGUGACGGAGGAAGAGGAAGACAGAGAGGAAAGAGUACCACACACAGACAGACUCAAGGAGAGUUUAAGAUUGAGUGCACCUUUUGAGAAAAUGUUACCACUCACAGAAAAGACACCGUUAGCGCUCAUACCGGAACGGAAAUUGCCAUCUGCAUUUCUACCGACAAAUAAAGUACCAAACUUUCAUCACCCUAGGCCCUCCUUUAUGAUAAAUGAUAUCCUAGGUGAUCGGACUAUGCCCUUUAAGAGGAGCAGAUCGCCUGAGUCUGACUCUGACCAUUCUCUGCCGCGAUGUGACACACCAGAUUCGCAACAUGACUCGGACGCCACUGGGGACAACGAUGACUUAUGUAAAGAUGGUGAUAACUUAUCUGGCCCCAAUUCAAUGAAGGCAAAGAAACCACGAAAGGCACGGACGGCAUUCACGGACCACCAGCUAAAUAGUUUAGAGAGGAGUUUUGAGCGUCAGAAAUAUCUGAGCGUCCAAGACCGGAUGGAACUGGCUGCACAACUCAACCUGACAGACACACAAGUGAAGACGUGGUACCAAAACAGAAGGACCAAAUGGAAACGCCAGACAGCAGUUGGCCUAGAACUUCUCGCCGAAGCAGGGAACUUUGCCGCUGUUCAACGCAUGCUCCAAACGAACCCUUACUGGGCGUACCAUCCCCACGCGAGCACGAUCCUCUCAAACAUGGAGAUGUACUACAGAACUGCGCAGUCGGUCCACGCGCCGAGGCAGAUUCUACCCCGGAUGUUCCUGCCUGGAUUACAAACGCCCACGUCGAUUGGCCAGUUGCCGACACCGCCGCAGCUUUACGGUGAUCCUCGAAGUUAAUCACGUGAUUCGCAAAGUCAGUCACAUGAGAUAACAAUGGUGCAGAUGAACUAGUCUUGUGACGUCAUAGUCACAUCGUAAACAAUAUAUAUUCGGGAUGAGGAGUGCCUCAAAAGACAAUUAUUGUGAUUUUAGAUCACAAAAGGACAAGAUUCUAAAUCGCAUAUUAUGACAUAGACAAUACUUGUACAUUUCUAUGCCUUUACUCUUCAUUGGCAAAGCCGUAUACUGUGACCUGUGGUCAUAUGACCUGUGGUCAUGUGACCACGAAACAUAUUCAUCUGCAUUAAGAUCAUCGCAAAUGUUAUUGCCAAUUAGUAAGCUCUGGGUAGAUUUCCACUGAUGCGAUUGCGACAACGCAUGCGACGGUUCUUUGUUAUUUAAUGCCAGACUGCACUCAAACAAUGCAAAAAUCGCAUGCGUUGUAAAAUGAAUGCAGAACGCGUCAUCGCUUCAACUUGCAUUCAGUUAAAACCUGCCCUUACUCCUCAUGAUUACACGCACUAACGGAUUCAUGACAAGAAGUUGUUUUUCCGGCCUCAGGAAAUCGACCAGGCCCUAGGCCUAGAGGGGUUAACAGUAGAAGUGGCUCUGACAUCUUUGUCAAAGAUCAAGCAAUAUAUAAUACGCCAACGUGUUUUUCUUCAAAAACCAAUGUUAUUUAAUGCAUUUAUUUAUGAAGCUUCAACCGACUCACCGCUAUCAAAAACGUCCGAAUAUGACAUUGGUUGACCUCUAAAAAUACAGCUACUUUUUGUAUGACCUCUGAGCUCGACCUCUAUAUUAGCGGGCGUUCUUGAGAUGCGGCCAUUAAUGCAUUUAACUGACGAAAAAGACUCUUCUUAAAGAAAUAUUGUAAAUAAUGUACAUAAAUGUAUGUGGAGAUCGUUGUUUAUAUCGGUAAAAUGUAAUAUGGCAUGCGUUAGCUUUAGACUGGAGAUUCGAGUGUACUGAGGAACUCUUUAUUUUCGCAAGUCUAGUAUUUUACAACCGUGGUUCAGUCACGAAGGGGCUCGACAAUGUUUAACUUCCUUAAAUUCCUUGCAUCAGCGCAUUUUGACUGCUUCUGCUUUGACUAUGGUCCCAAAGUGACCUCUCUUCAAUAGUUUAAAUUCUGGACCAGGAGGGUGGGAGUCCUCCAGUAUUUUAUCUUGCCUUUGUGGUAUAUUUAUUAGACUAGGGAAAUGCCGAUGUGAAUUUGAGAUGACGGGUCGUGAAAGGUCGGUAAAUCUCUAGGGACGAGUCGGCCAUUUUCGACCGCACUUGGAAUUUUAAUAAGGCAAAUAUUAGUGCAUUCUUUGUUUUGAAAUGCUGAUUAUCUACAUUUGCAUAAACUGACGCUUGAGAGGAUGUUAUGAUGCUAAACAUAAGUGACUCUUUCUGUUUUAUAUCACCCUCUUGCCAUCUUACUGAACCCCGUGACCGUGCCUCUCUUUCGAGCGUUCAUUACAUGACCCCAUGAUAUUUCAUUCUUGCCAAACUGAAGCACAUAAUAUACAUUAUAUCAUAAGAUGAAUAAUGAAUAAAGAAUUUGUUUUUAUAAGUGAA